AUGAAAGAUAAAAAAAUUCUUAUAGUGGGUCAAUCUGGUGUAGGGAAAUCGACUAUUAUUAACACCCUGGUCAAUUAUUUUCGUGAUGGUAGUCUUGAUAACAUAAAAGUUGCCAUCCCGACAGAGCAUUAUAAAGAUGUUACUGAAAAAGACCUUUCUCAUGACCAUUCCGAAGAAAAAGCGUCUAAACAGUCUGUUAGUCAGACAACUGAAUGUUUUGACUAUAAAUUAUACUCAAGUGCAAAUGGAUGCAACUAUAUAUUUAUAGAUACGCCAGGCUUGGGUGAUACACGAGGCAGAGACCAAGAUAAUAAAAAUAUCGAAAAAAUAAUUGACCGCGCGUCUUCCCAUGAUUAUUUAGAUACUGUUCUAUUUAUAGUUAACGGAGUGGAACCAAGGUUUCCUGAAACAGUUGCUAGCGCAUUUAAACGAUUAGCCAGUUAUUUACCGGAUAAUAUUAUGAAAGAAAAUGUAAUACUUAUUCUAUCCAAAUCGUCAGAAUUAUCAGCCCAUUUUCCAGUAGAUGAAUUCAAGUUAAGGGUAGCAAUACCAAAGGAAGUGUUAUAUAUGGAUAAUACCUUUUUCUGCAAGAGUCCUGACGAUUGGCACCAAAAUAUCAAGAUGGAACGUCAAAUAAAGAAUGAUUGGGAGGAUUCAAUGGAGACAAUUGAAAAAAUUUUAAAAAUGACUAGCGAAAUGAAUUACAAAUCAACUGAAGAUUUCAAAAAAAUAGAAAAUACUCGUGACAAAAUUGGUUCUGAAAUAAGCGAAAAUAUGAUAAUAAUUAGUACCUACUAUAACUUGAGAAGUAAACUUAUCGAACAAAAAAAAUCCGUGAAUUAUGAAAUAGAGAUAACAUACACUGAGACUACGAAAACUCCCUAUAGAAACAUUAUUUGUGAUGGUUGUAAGAAAACUUGUUAUGAAAAAACAGUGUUUGUGUUCGCCAAUGUCAUACCUGGGACGGAUUGUGACAAAUGUGGAUGUGGUUAUUCCAGACACCAUAAACAUUAUUAUACUGUCCAAAAAUGCAAAAAAAACGUUGAAAACGUAUUAAAAAAUAUUACAGAAAAAAGACGUAUAGAUGAGAAAAUAAGUGAUCUAGACAAAAUCAGAGAUCUUACUGAAGAAACAUUUAAUUGUAUUAGAAAAAAUUCUCUCGAUUUAAAACGUAUAUGUGGCAAAUUUGAUUUUAUUGGUGAGUUAUCAAAUAGUAUAGAAGAAAUGAAGAAGAUUCCAAGUGAGAUUUCGGACAGUGAUUUAAGGAAAAAUGCUAGAUUAAAAAUUGAUGACUUGAUUGAAUUUUUUGAACAGUUAAGUCCUCCUCCUGAGAAUUCUAAUAAUAGUGGAGGACUUCGGGAAAUGCCCGAGAAGUUACUAUGA